UAACGGUCAUCUUCAUAUAAGAAACUUCGAUUUCUAUUCCAUCGGUAGUUCUUGAUCGCUUUGCUUGCGACGUCCAGUGUUGAGCAUCGUUCACAACCUUCAGUUCUUCCGCAUCGACGGCAAAAGUGGGACCGUCCGGGCCGACUUCGGACGGAGUCCGCCCGACCGCAAAGAAAUCUUUGGCGCACGUGCCUCCGCUCCCGGAUUGUGUCACUCAACAACUCAACAGUGUCGUUGACCUCCGGCAUCUUGAAUGACUUCUGCAAAUAACCUCACAUUCUGUCAUUACCAAUAACAGCAGUCAGAAACUCACCAAAGGCUUCACAAUGUCUUCCACACCAUCUCAGCCACCACCCGCUACCGGCCCCUCUGCGCAGUCGGACCCCGCCACCUUCGCUCACAUCGAGAACUACAUCUCAACCCGCUGCAACGCAUCCCCAAUCUACGCCUUCCUCUUCAACCCCGGCCUGAAGCUCACUCACGCCUCAAAAGGCCUCAUCAUCGCGCGCCUACCUGUUACUGCCAAUCACCUGAACACAUCCGGCAGCAUCCACGGCAGUGUGUCGGCGACUAUCGUGGACUGGGCUGGCGGCUUGGCGAUCGCGGCGUGGGACCUCCGUGAAGCGACGGGUGUGAGCGUCGAUAUCAACAUCAGCUACCUCUCAGGCGCCAAGUUGGGUGACGAGAUUGAGAUCGAGGGCAAGAUUGAGAAGGUCGGAGGCAGCUUGGCGUUCACCCACGUCAACAUCUACAAGGUGAACCCAGCCGAUGGGACGAGGGGUGCUACGGUGGCGAAUGGAAGGCACACCAAGUUUGUGAGAAGUCGAUAGUCACUCGCGUGGAGUAAGGGAACUGCGGCCUAUGCUCGGAGGUUGGGGACGUUGUCCAGGGCCCUCAGGCGGGGUUCAUGAUCCAUCAAAACACGGCUGAUUCUUGGCUGCUGCUGCUGUUGUUGUUAUCAGUUUUCAGUUUCCAAGCUGGAACCACGUUGACUGGCGCAAAGAAUUAGACGGAAGAUGAAUAGAAAGACAGAUUCUUGAAGGGCAAGGUUCGUGGUAGCUGCCUAAACAAAGUAAGUAUCUUAAUUCGCUGUUGGGCGUGCCGCGGUUGAAGUUCACCGGUGGGCAGAUCCCGGAGUUGGCUCCAGCAUGUCGAUGUAUCGUCAGUUUAGCUAACCGUCAGGAUCAUAGAAUGUGACAUUGAUACGGCCGUU